UUAUCAAUUAAAAAAUAGUAUAAAAAGAAAUAAAAAUACAAAAUACAAGCAGGACAAGUGUUAAAGUGUAUUAUCUCCGUUAAAUUUUCAAAAAACAAAGUACAAAUUUAACAAUCUUUGGGAAAAUAGAAAAUUUCAUUGUUGUUGAAUUAAAUUGGGAAAUAAAUCGAUGCGGUUAUGCUUUAAACAGCUGUUAGGUUGAAUAAUGUUUUUGGAAAAGUCAAUAAAAAUAUAGGGAGCAUUCAAAUUUCAAGAGAGUGACUGUUUGUGAAACUGUUGUGCUUCUUCUCCCCAACAACUAUAUAAUCUGUCCUAAAAAAAAAUCAUCAAGAAUUCAUUUUAUUCUCGGAUAUUUAUUCAUUUUCUCCUUAAUAUUAAAAAAUAGGAAUGGCACAAAACAUUAAUCCAUUUUAUUCGUCGCAAAAUCCUCAAAAUAAAGCCAAGGAGGAGAAGCCAAAUUUACCAAAAGAUAAUCAUGCAGUAAGCAAAAGACUUCAAAAAGAACUGAUGGUCCUAAUGAUGAGCUCAGAGAAAGGAGUUUCUGCUUUUCCGGAAGGAGAAAAUCUUUUUAAAUGGAUUGGAACCAUUACAGGACCUCUUGACACGGUUUAUGCUGGUUUGACAUACAAAUUGUCUCUGGAGUUUCCGCAGAGUUAUCCUUAUAGUGCGCCAACUGUACGUUUUGCAACGCAGUGCUUUCAUCCUAAUGUCGACACUUCUGGCAAUAUUUGCCUCGAUAUUUUAAAGGACAAAUGGAGUGCUUUAUACGAUGUGCGCACGAUUUUACUCUCAAUACAAUCACUACUUGGUGAACCAAAUAAUGAGAGUCCCCUUAAUAUUCAAGCUGCGGAACUUUGGAGCGAUCAAACAAAGUACAAGAAACACCUGAAGGACGAAUAUGACAGGGCUCUAAGUAGAAGUCAACAAGACUCAUGAUAAGCAAUAUUUACUUUUUUCGAUUCAAAAAAAAAAAGAAAGCAAAAUUUUUUUUUUUUUUGAUGCAAUUCUUACCUAUUAAUUAAUUAAAAUAUCCAAAAUCAAACACUAUUUCCGUUUGAAAUUCCCAAAGAAAAACACUGCACUGAAUCCUUCCCUCCCCCCCUAAUUUUAUUUUUUAUUAUAUUUUUUUUGUAGUGUAAUUUUUAUGUAAAAUUUGCUAAGUUUCAAAUAUAUUCCCCUGUCUUUAUAUAUAUAUAUAUAUUUUUUUUUUUUUUUGGUAAUUGUCAAGGGAUCAAAUUAGGGAUUUAUAUAAUGAUUUUUGUGUCAAGUAUAUAAGAUAUAGAAAAAUGAAGAGAAAAGAAAAAAAAUUGUAUUCGAGACUCGGUGGAUUAUUUUAGCGCGUCUAUUAAUGAAAUGUGUUCAAAGUAAAUUGUCUAUCCUAAAGUGCUUUCAAAGUAUAAAAAAAUGUAUGUUACGCUAAAUAAAAACGAGUCACGAAUAUAAUUUGAAAUAAAGUUCAUAAUCAUGAUCAUCACCUUAAUGACUUUUUUUUUUAUUUUUUCUUUACUGAACGUAAAUAUUUAUUUAAAUGAGUGAUCGAUUUAAAAACUACGUCGAUAUGAAACUUAUUGUAAACUAAAUAAAGAUUAGCGAAAAUUUAUCAUUUCGUUCGCUUUUGUAACGUCGUGUACUUUUUUGAAAUAAAUAUUUAAAAAAAAAAAUUAAAUAAGAAAAGGAGAAGAGAAAAGUUGAUCACUUUUCUGGUCGAGAAUUAUUAUUAUUAUUAUUAUUAUUAUAGAUUUGAUAAAAUUUUUAGUUAAUUAAUUUUAAACAUUAGGAAAAUUUGUCUUUCAACAAUGUAUUCUUGAUUCUUAUACGUGACUUUAGAAUUGAAUAAAUCUUCAUUAAUCAUCA